AUGCUGCAUCAAAAAAUAACCCAUAAAGUUAGAGAAGUUGUCGUCCCAGGUAUUUCUCUAUUGAUUUUCUUCCAGGGAUGUCUUAUUCUUUUGUUUCUCCAACUUACCUAUAAGACUAUUUACUGUAGAAAUAAUGUAAGGAAACAAAUCGGUCUUAAUAAAACCAAAAGACUAUUUAUUGUCUUAGUAUCAUCCAUUCUGCAUGUGGUCGCACCAUCUGCUGUGAGAAUCACUACUGAAAAUUCCAGUGUUCCCAAAGGUACUUUUUAUAAAGACUUAAAGAAGAAUAGAAUUUUAUCUCAUUUGAAAUCCAAUUCUGUGACUAUUUGUAAUCACCAAAUCUACACGGAUUGGAUAUUUUUAUGGUGGUUAGCAUAUACAUCGAACUUAGGGGCUAACGUGUUCAUCAUCCUAAAAAAAUCGUUGGCAUCUAUUCCUAUUCUGGGUUUCGGUAUGAGAAAUUAUAAUUUCAUUUUUAUGAGUAGAAAGUGGGCUCAAGAUAAAAUAACCCUAAGCAAUAGCCUUGCUGGCCUUGAUUCGAAUGCAAGGGGUGUCGGCUCACUUGCUGGGAAGUCGCCUGAGCGCAUAAGUGAGGAAGGCGAGAGCAUAUGGAACCCAGAGGUUAUUGAUCCAGAACAAAUCCAUUGGCCGUAUAAUCUCAUCCUCUUCCCUGAAGGUACAAAUCUCAGCGCUGACACCCGGCAAAAGAGUGCUAAAUACGCUGCCAAAAUAGAGAAAAAGCCGUUUAAAAAUGUACUAUUACCUCAUUCUACAGGGUUGAGAUACUCGCUACAAAAGUUGAAGCCAAGUAUUGAAAAUCUUUAUGAUAUUACGAUUGGCUACUCCGGUGUGAAGCAAGAAGAAUAUGGGGAGCUGAUAUACGGGUUGAAGAGCAUAUUUUUAGAAGGAAGAUACCCGAAGUUAGUCGACAUUCAUAUCAGAGCAUUUGAUGUCAAAGAUAUCCCCUUAGAAGACGAACAUGAAUUUUCGGAAUGGCUGUACAAAAUUUGGAGUGAGAAGGAUGCUUUAAUGGAAAGAUAUUAUUCCACAGGAUCAUUUGUAAGUGAUCUAGAAACAAACCAUUCGGUUACCGAUAGCUUCAAAAUCAAUCGUAUCGAAUUAACCGAGGUGCUAAUACUACCAGCUUUAACAAUAAUUUGGUUGGUUUAUAAACUCUAUUGUUUUUUUUUUUAA